AGUGAUGACCAAAAAAACAAUAAACAUAAACCCACACGUAAUCUGCAAGAAGAAUGAGCCAUUCUUUUUGUCUUGAAUUCUUGUCAUAAAGAGGAGAGAUUCUUUAUUCCAUCUCUUGGCUUCUACAAAUAUAGCAACUUCUGUUUUGUUUAGUCAACCAAAUUUGCUUAUCCAUUUUCUUAAUCAUCAUCACUUAAUUUGCCUAAUCCCAAAAUCUCUUUGAUCAUAAUAAAAUCAAAAGAUCUUAAGAGUGAUAGAGAGCUAACAAAGACUAUAAACAGAGCCGUAGCUUUCUGGCAAAAACUUUUGAUUCCCACAAAACAAAAAAAGGUGAUCACUUUUUUUCUUUUAUAAGAUUCCUUCAUCAUCUUUUUGCUCCUCCUAUUAGUUUUGACCCAAUCGCUUCUUAUCACUCUUCACAAACCCCAAAAAUAUGAGAAUCCACCCUUCACCCAGAAACAACAUUCUCAUCCAUCAUCACGCUCCUCUUGAACCCGGAAAGAAGCUCCGACGUCUCCCACAUAUCUUCAGCCGUGUUCUAGAGCUGCCCUUGAAGUCAGACGCUGACGUGGCCGUUCAAGAGAAUCCUGACUGUUUCAGGUUCGUCGCGGAAACCAACGGAGGAGGAGGUGGCGUGAGGGCUUACAUGGUGGAGAUUCAUCCUGGUGUGACCAAAAUACUAGUGAGAACCAAUGGUUCAUCGUCUCUUGGUUUGUCUCUUAAUGAGCUUGAGCUUGACGUGUGGCGUUUCAGGCUACCGGAAUCAACUAGGCCUGAUCUCGUCACCGUUGACUGCGACGGCGAUGGUGAAUUGAUUGUCACGGUGCCUAAGAUUGAAGAAGAAGAAGAAGAAGACAACGGUAGUGAUUUGAUAGUGCUUGUACAUUAGUUAGUAAUCUAAAUGUGAUUUGUAAUCAUAUGAUUGUUUCUGAAAAUCAGAAAAAUCUUGACUUUUUAAUCUAAUGACAUCAAAGUUAAGAUCU